AUGACCCACGCCACCUCUGCCUCGUCGCCCUCGGUGCUGACCUCCUUCGUUCGCUGGCUUCGCUUGAAAAAUUACCAGUAUGAAGUCACAUUCGCCCUCUACAUGCUCACGCCGACCGAGAAGUUCAUCUUCAAUUCUCUCGUUAUCAGUCUUCUUACCCUGCUCAUCACCGCCGCCUACGUUUACCUACCAAACCACGUGGCUUCUAUCUACGGCCACCUCGUUUACUACCUGACCGCUGACGUCUCCAUGAUCCAAGAUUACAUCCCCUCUGCGAACUCCGUCUUGAAAGGCGCAGCAUCCUCGUCCACAGGCGGCAACCUCAAUGUAGUGUACGACACAGUCAAAGCACCUGUCGCUACAGCACUCCACGAAUUGUGA